AUGAUGAAUCCGGAAUCUUUCAGUGUUCAACCUACCAAUUUUAGCUGUCAAAGCGGAGCUCGUACGACCUUCAAUCAAGUAGUCAUCACCUCCUCAGGCGAAAAAAACGGAAAGUUUCAAUGGGAUUUACAAGAGAUCAUUCCGUCUGCUACAGCACGGAUCCCCGUCAAAUGCUGUGGCUGUAUAAAUGCCAAUUGGGAUCGUCACCCUCAUCGAGUCAUCAAUAUCGCUAACGGAAGUUUUGCUCUGCAUUACCUCACUGUGGAAUCGUUUACACCCACGGAGAGCCUGAGGGUUACUGUUCCCGGUUCAACCUGCUCACGAGGGAACCGGAUAAGAGUUCCCGAUCCGGUGUGGGUGACAUCACUAAGCACUUCGCUGGCUCAAACGAUAGGAUCAUGUUAUCGACGUCCUUUUUGCCCUCUUUCCUCUCACUCUUCAAAACUCCUCUGA